AUACUCACUGCACCUGAGAAAAGAGAGACCAAAAUGAGCAGUCCGUACCACGAAGACGUCCACGACAGAGGCGAGUGCAAAAGCAAGUCGCCUACACUGCUGUCCUCGUACUGCAUAGACAGUAUCCUCGGGAGGAAAAGCCCGUGCAAAGUCAGGCUGCUUGGGGCACAAAGUUUGCCAGCGCUGCCGUCAAGAGCGGAGACCGACCAAGGAGCUGAGGACAUGCACCUGCCACCAAAACUACGCCGGCUCUACGGUCCCGGGGGACGAUACCUUGACACUUCUAGAGGUUAUCACGAGCACGCGGAGCGCGGCGAGAGAGAGCGGCUUCUGGACCAGGCCUGCGAGAACCUCAAGAUCAACCAAGCCCCACAAGUCAGCAUCAGCCGCAGCAAAUCCUACAGAGAGAACGCGUCCUUCAGUCACAGCGAGGACGGGCACGGGCACGGCGCAGAGAACGGGUCCGAGGAGCUUGUGGAACUUAGCACGCUGAAGUUCGAAGAGGAUGCUGUGAAAGAGGAGACAUGCGGAGACGCGGAACUCUCACCAAAGGACGAAGAGAGUCUACAGAACGAUGGGGAUGUUAAAGAUGGCGAGGACAGCGUUUGUUUGUCGGCGGGCAGCGACUCGGAGGAGGGCAUGAUGAAGAGGAAGCAGAGAAGAUAUAGGACUACCUUCACCAGCUACCAGCUGGAGGAACUGGAGAGAGCCUUCCAGAAAACUCACUACCCAGAUGUGUUUACGAGAGAGGAGCUCGCGAUGCGGCUGGACCUGACGGAGGCACGCGUACAAGUGUGGUUCCAGAACCGGCGGGCCAAGUGGAGGAAGCGUGAGAAAGCCGGAGUGCAGACCCACCCGGGCGGGCUCCCCUUCCCCGGACACCUGGCCGCAGCGCACCCCCUGAGCCACUACCUGGAGGGGGGGCCGUUCCCCCCCCACCACCACCCCGCGCUGGAGUCGGCUUGGACAGCUGCUGCAGCUGCGGCCGCCGCCUUCCCCGGCUUAGCUCCGCCCCACAACGGCUCUGGCCUGCCCCCCGCCACACCCCUCGGCCUGGGCACCUUCUUGGGCACUGCCAUGUUCAGACAUCCUGCGUUCAUCGGGCCCACCUUUGGCAGGCUCUUCUCCAGUAUGGGUCCCCUGACCAGUGCUUCCACGGCCGCCGCUCUCCUGCGUCAGCCGGUCCCGCCGGUGGACCCCGCGGUGCCGCCCGGUCCCGCCCUCCCCUCGGACCCGUCCUCUUCCCACGCCGCCGACCGCCGGGCCUCCAGCAUCGCCGCGCUGCGCCUCAAGGCCAAGGAGCACUCGGCCCAGCUGACCCAGCUCAACAUCCUGCCGGCCAGCGCCACGGGCAAGGAGGUGUGCUGAGCCGGACCGCGCCGGACCGAACCGGACCGAACCGAACCUCUGCCAUGCCUCGCCACCCUGGCCCCCCCAUGCCCCCCCUCCUUCCUACUAAAGCAAGACCAAAUCCAUAGCACCUCUAGCAUCUCUGAGCUGCGGUGGGCGCUAGCUAGGGGCUGCCAGCUGCCUGCCUGCCUGUCAUAGCGUCCAUCCUCCGUCCGAGCGACCUCCACUGCCCAGCCAACGCACA